CAUGAAGGAUUAUGGGGAAGGUCUCAAAUCCCGGAGAAUUUAAAUCGCGGGAGGAGAAGUCCUACGGACACAACAGACGCUCAAGAGGAAGUCCUUUGUUGAACACAGACAUUACAAUUACUGUACAACUACCACAACUAAUUUGGAUCAUAACCUAAUGAAUGCAAGCCACCGUGGUCUUGGCAAGACCAGAAACAUAAGCGACUAUCACUUGUAGAAAAGGGAACUGUUAACAGCCAAUUUAAAAAAAAGUAGCUGUGUUUUAAGUCCCUCUGUUACACCCUAAUCCCUCAUUUUAAAAGGAAGAGCAAAAUGUUAUAAACUGAUUUUAAGUAAAUACAAGCUGUCUUUAUAUGCAAAAGUAGUUCAAGGGUGGUGAUGUUCACAGCUAUGGUUACCCUGAUUGAGAAGCCUACACCAACAUGCCUUGAAUAAAUUAGCUGAAACUGCACUUGAAAUCAUUAGUCACACGUUAUAGAUUACAAAUGAGGAUAACUUACUAAAACAUCAAGCUAUGCAGAAAAAUUCCAAAAGGAACAAUAAAUUGAGAGUUUGUGACAUAGAAUUGAACUUUGUGGAUGCUGAGAAGGAAAAAAGUGAGAGUCAAAAUAACUUCGUUGAACUGCUACCUCUAGAAGUCACUUUUAAAAUUUUCAGUCAGCUAGACAUUCAGAGUUUGUGCAGAGCUUCAGUGACAUGCAGGAGCUGGAAUCACACAAUAAGAAACAGUGACUCCUUAUGGAAACCUCACUGCUUGACUGUCAGAGCUGUGUGCCGAAGAGAAAUCGAUAAUGACCUAGAAAAUGGAUAUCCCUGGAGGGUAAUACUACUGAGGAAUUACCAGAAGAGUAAAGUGAAAUACGAAUGGCUAAGUGGCAGAUACAGCAACAUCUGUUCUCCCAUUAGCCUACCAGAGAAAAUCAUGUGCCCAAUGGAUGCAGAUACAUGGGGGGAAAUUCUUGAAGCAGAACUGGAGAGAUAAGUGAAAAAAUCAUAAACAUCUUGUAACUCUGAGAGUUUAAAAUUAAAAUGAUUCAGGGUGCAAAA